UGGUGACUGGUGAAUAACAAAGUGGGCUCACUGGUCAGGUUAAGACCAACCAAAUGGCAAGCUUUGCGUGACGAAGGCACUGAGCUACUUUCUCUCUCCACCUUCAGUGCUACGUGUCCUCCUUCGCUCACGUUAUCACUCUCCCCCGCCAACCUCGCUCCACGCUCUCUCUCAGUUCCUGAAUCCCAUAAUCGUUCUUCCUCUCUUCCCCAGCUUUCCAUGUCCUCACUCUCUGGCUAGACGAAGACAACGACGAAACCGAGAAAAUUUUCCUGCCUGCGAUGCAGUGUUAGCUCAUCAAUCUGGGUUUUGCGGUAAUUUUUUGAAUCAUUUCAAUUUCAAUCAUGGCUGGCUCUUUGCUUAGGUUAAAUUUCGUUUGAGUUUUCUUUGACAUGCCAGCUGAUUGGAUGGAGAGGGGAAACCCACCCGGGAUUUCUCUUAUAAGAAGCGUUAGGGGAAAAGAUUGGAGCUUUCAGACAUACAGAUAUGUAGUUCUACUUGUCACAUUUAUAGCGUAUACUUCGUAUCAUGCUUCCAGGAAGCCCAGUAGCAUAGUAAAGAGUGUUUUGGAUCCUCAGGCCAAUGCUAAUGUCACCUCCCUCCGUAAUUUGUGGCCCGUCGGUGAUCUUUUUGUUAAGAAAGAGUCCAUAGAUAUUGAUUUGGGAAAAUCCAAAGGAAAAGGGUGGGAACCCUUCAAUGGGAAAGACGGGACAAAGAAGUUGGGGGAAAUUGAUGUUGCUUUUCUCGCGUGUUAUUCGAUGGGGAUGUAUGUGGCAGGACAUCUGGGGGAUUCAUUGGACCUUAGGUUGUUCCUGACGACCGGAAUGAUUGGGAGUGGCAUAUUUGUUGGUCUUUCCGGCAUGGGAUAUUUCUGGAAUAUCCAUGAAUUUUGGUUCUAUUUAGCUACACAAAUGGUUGCCGGAUUGUUUCAGGCCACAGGAUGGCCUUCAGUUGUGGCUGUUAUUGGGAAUUGGUUUGACAAGAGGAAGAGGGGAUUGAUAAUGGGUGUUUGGAAUGCCCAUACAUCCGUUGGGAAUAUCAGUGGUUCCCUUCUUGCGGCUAGUGUUUUAGACUACGGAUGGGGUUGGUCUUUUAUUCUCCCAGGUGCUUUUAUAUUUUUGGCAGGGAUGAUGGUGUACUUCUUCUUGCCUGCUUAUCCUGAGGAUGUUGGAUUUCCUUGCCAAAACGGUGUUGUGGCAAUGAACAGUGAUGAAGAAGGCCAGACAGAUAAUGGAAGUAUGGCAGGAGAUGAAAGCUUGGCUCGGUAUAGUUCUGUGAACAGAAGAAGUAUUGGCCUCCUUGGUGCAACUACAAUACCUGGAGUUAUUCCGUUUGCUUUAUGCCUCUUUUUUUCAAAGUUGGUGGCUUACACUUUUUUGUACUGGUUGCCAUUUUAUCUCAGCCAAACAGCUAUUGGCGGAGAAUAUGUGUCAGUCAAGUCUGCGGGAAACCUGUCUACUCUUUUUGAUGUUGGGGGUAUUGCUGGAGGGAUUCUAGCCGGUUUAUUGUCUGACUGGUUCGAUGCUCGUGCAACUACAGCAGCCACCUUUAUGUACGCAGCAAUCCCUGCUAUGCUUUUAUAUCGCGUCUUUGGAGGUGUUUCCAAGGCCCUUAACAUCCUCCUCAUGUUUUUGGCGGGCUUGUUUGUGAAUGGACCCUAUGCACUCAUUACUACUGCAGUCUCUGCUGAUCUUGGUACACACAGAUCUCUGAGGGGAGAUUCUCGGGCACUGGCUACGGUCACUGCCAUCAUUGAUGGGACCGGUUCUCUUGGUGCAGCCCUUGGUCCUCUUUUGACCGGUUUUCUCUCAACUAAAGGUUGGGAUGCUGUAUUUAUGAUGCUCACGGUUGGGGCUCUUUGUGCUGCCCUUCUUCUAUCCAAUCUGGUUGUUAUGGAACUCAGAGGGAAGUUUUCCAAACAGCCCCCUAUUGCAGGACGUGGUUCUGGAGGUCCAUCAUCUGAACCACUUCUACGUGAUGGUAGGUGAUAGUAUCAAAAUGGGCGAUAUUUCUGUAAGGAUUUUGUUAGAAUAUGUUGUGUUGUUCAUUAAUAGCUCCGCAAUGAAGGUGAUGGUGUAAAGUCUAAGGCGGUAGUGAGGCUUAAUGGUUUCCUGGUUGAUCACUCAACGGAACACCAUUUUUUUCAAUAUAAAAAUUGCAUGUACUAUUAUACUCUAUAUACUCGGUUUCAUUUUGUAUUUCUUCAUUCUAUUUCACAAAGCUCACAUAACGGGUCAAUGGGUCAUCAUCCUCUAUGGCGGUAUAACUCUAACCGUUGGUGGCAAGUUCUUUUCCUACUCUGCUUUCUCACCUUGAACUUGUACAUGACAAUUGUGGACAGGAAUGUUAAAAGAUGAAAGAAGGCCAAAAUAUGAGGAGCAUGCAAAAUCACAAAUUCAUAAAAAGAAUCAUAUAAAUAGAGUCCUACAUAUUAUUCGCAUAAUAUCAUACUGUAGAAGAAUGUUUCAAGGGGAAUGUUUGAAAAAAUAGCUGAUAGUGACUAUGGGAUUCAGAUAUAUACAUAUAUAGCUUUUUCUUUAUAGUAUUUUAUAAUGUAGGGAAGUAUUGAAAAAAUGGCCAAAGGCCCAAAAGUCGAUUAUCACAUCAAGGCUGUGAUCUAAUGAAAGAAUAAUGACAUGUGCAUAUUUGCUAAUAAAUGCAUUACACCGUAUUUAGUGGAG